AUGCCCAGAGUAGCAAUCAUUGGCGCCGGCCCCUCUGGCCUAGUCACAGCCAAAACUCUCCUUCAUGACUUCCCCGGUUUCACCCCGGUGAUCUUUGACUCCCAGCAUGAAGUGGGCGGUCUGUGGAAUACUUCGCCAGACGCCAAUCAACCGGUCACUCUUGACCCUCAGAUGCCAACCAAUCUCAGCCGGUUCACGGUUGCUUUUUCCGAUCUUGAUUGGAAGUCGGUUGUUGACGAGGUACCUGUUUUCCCUCGGGCAAGGCAGGUCGCACAGUACUUAGCUUGUUAUGCCGAGCGAUAUAUCUCGAAAGAUGUCCUCAAAUUGGGGUGCAAAGUUGUGACAACAGAACGCAAGCUCGGCGAAACUAAUGCGAAAUGGAAUUUACAGUGGCUUGAGGAAUAUGGCUCAUCGACUGAAAAGCUAUGCUCAGAUGACUUCGACUUUGUUGUCAUCGCCACUGGAUACUUCGCCGAGAAAUACAUCCCCAACAUCCCAGGAAUGGCUGCAUUUUCAAACCAUGUAAUCCACAGUUCUACUCUCCAUGGGCUGCGGAAGAGUACGUUCGAAGACCUCGGACACAAGGAUAUGCAAGGUACAACGCUCGUGAUCGGUGGCAGCAUGUCAGGCGUCGAAGCCGCAUCUGCCGUAGCCCUCAGCCAAUCAUCCUCUAUGCUUGCUAAGAAUGACACUUCUGUCAUAAAUAACAAGGUGCAUCAUAUCCAUUCAAGACCGUUCUGGGCUUUACCAACCUACCUCCCCCAUGGACCAGAAGACAAUCCCUCGUUUCAACCCCUGGACCUCGCAAUGUAUGACCUAGGUCGCCGGCCCCCGGGGCCAAUAGAGUACGCUCUGGGGCCCAUCCCGGAAGAAAAGGCAGUCAAGACAAACAGUUAUUUCCAAUCCCUGCUAGGGACUGAUUACGAGAAAUUCGCACACAUGUCUACGGGACAGACAAAAAUCCAGCCCCCAUGGGUUGCAAUCGGUAAUGACUACGCCGAGUUUGUCCGCGCUGGAGCAAUCACCGCUUCAAUGGGUCGGGUCAUCUCCGUACACGCCGAUACCGGGCGUGCUUCUGUGAAGUACGCCGAGUCGAAUGGGGAUGUGAAGACGAUUGAAAACGUCGCGAAGAUCGUGAUGGCUACCGGGUUCACUCCAUUCAAGGCCCUUUCCCUUUUACCCGAAGAAUUACUUUCGAAACUCGAAUACUCCGCUACAGACCCCUUCUCCCCAUUGAUUCUCGACAAAGGAGGCACCGUCCGCUCAGAGAUCCCCGACCUUGGAUUCGUCGGCUUCUACCGGGGUCCUUACUGGGGAAUCAUGGAAAUGCAAGCUCGAUUCCUCGGCAACCUUUGGUCGGGGACUGAAACAGUCUAUACAGAAGGCCAGAAGCAAAGUCUUCGCAGCAUAAGGGCUGCAGACCCAGACCUCGCACGUGGCCAAUUCCCAAUGGGCGACUAUGUAGGAUUGAUGGAGACAUUCGCCAAGGAGUUGGGUAUCAGUCGCGCGACGGUGAAUGGAGACAACCAGAGUGGACCUGCAGUACCUGCACGCUAUCAGACUGACACGUCAACGGUGCAAUCGACGAGCGAGAGCGAAGCGGCUAGAACAUUGGGCGCAUUGCGGGAUGCGCUUAUGCAUGAUGGAGCUGCAGCUCGGACGGCCGCGGCUUCGGCGAUCUUCCGGGCUUUGCAGGGGUCGUGGAAAUCCAUGCAUACUUCAGGGAUUGAUGAAACGGCUGGGUCUUUAGUCUUUCAUCCACGGUAUCCGACUAGUGCGGUCUAUGAUAGGGAAUACGUUGUCGAAGGAUGUUUGUCUGGCUCUGAUAAGAUGUCGGAGAAGACGCGGUCUAUUUUGCGCUUGGUUGAAACACCGUCUCGCACAACUUCGAUCGAGAUGUGGUCUGUGGAAGUGGCGGAUAAGCGUUCAGCAGCUUGCGUUACUGAACAGUGGCAUUUGACCCCUCUUCGUCCAGAAUUGGAUGGGGAUGUGGCUGUUACCGGGGGGUAUGUGAUAUCUGCCAAGAGUGUUGGACCAUCUGGAAGCACCUUGUUAUACACCUUCCGCUUUAGAGGCGUCUCUAUUUCGAGCUGGGAGUGUGUUGAACUCAAUGAUUCAGCUGGGGAAACGUCGGAGCUUGGUGGGAAAAACUAUAGAUCUCGAACCAUUUAUGAGAGAUAG